UAAGCAUUGGCUGAUUCUUAGCUAAGUAAUAGAGUACACCUCUGAACUCUUUGUUUAUCUAAUUACAUCUUAAACAUUUUAAAAUUAAAGGUAUUUGUUAGUCAAUGUAUUUACCAAUUUUUAUUUAAAGUUUGAAAAAACAACAGUUUUUGUUAGUGUAGUAAACAGUAGAGUUGCAAUUAUAAUUCCAAUGACGUGGAUACCAAAUAUACUCGUAUUCUUCGCGACUGUAUCAAUUUUAACGUAUUUCUACGUAACGAGAAGGUUCAAUUACUGGCGCAAACGGAAUGUCUUCUAUCAGAAACCCACCCCGUUCUUCGGCAAUUUCAAGGACGUGGUCCUCAUGAAGGACACCAUAGGAACCUGGCUAAGAAAAACCUACGAAUCGGCCAAAUCGCAACCUUACUAUGGCAUAUUCAUUUUCGACGAACCCUGCCUGGUCGUCAAGGAUCCGAAGAUAAUCAAGAACGUCCUGAUCAAGGAUUUCAACAGCUUCUCCGACAGAGCCACAGCCAACGCCGAGCACAACAAAGUCCUGCGAAACUUCCUGUUUUUCAUGAGAAACCCCGAAUGGAAAUCGACGAGGAACCAAAUGUCUCCAAUAUUCACUUCGGGGAAACUGAAGGCGAUGUUCCCGACGCUUUCGGAAGUAGGCGAACGAUUCCAAAAGUACAUCGGCAACAACCUGGGCGUGAUCGAAGCGAAAGAAGCAUCGUCGAAAUUUUCCACGGACUUUAUCGCCAAAGCCUUCUUCGGCAUCAACGCCCACUGUUUCGACGACGAGAACGCCAUCUUCAGGGUGCUCGGGCGGAAGGUGUUCGAUUUCUCGGUGAGGAACGGUUUCGUCAGCACGGCCUACUUUUGCAUGCAGAACGUCGUUAAAUUGUUCAAACUCAAUUUCACCGAGCAGUGGAUCAUCGAUUACUUCGCCGACAGUUUCUUGCACGCCUACGAGAGCAGGGUGCAGAGCGGCACUCGCCCCAACGAUUUCAUCGAUUUGCUCAUCGAUACCAAGAAGAAGGAUUUCGAUGGGAAAUUCGAUAUAAAUAUGAUAAAAGGUGCCGGUAUGCAAUUCUUUUUGGCCGGAUUCGAAACCACCAGCUCCACGGUCUCUUACACUUUGUACGAACUGUGCCUGAACAAAAAUAUUCAGAACAAACUAAGGCAGGAAAUAUUGGCUAGCAUUAAGGAACACAACGGAUUGACUUACGACGGGGUACUCGGCAUGAAGUACUUGGAUAUGUGCAUUAAAGAAACUCUUCGUAAAUAUCCGGUGUUGCCAUUUUUGGAUAGAAAGUGCCUGACGGACUACAAAGUUCCGGGUACUGAUUUGGUGGUGGAAAAAGGAACUACUGUGUAUAUCCCAUUGUUCGGCUUGCAGUACGAUGAAAAGUACUUCCCGGAGCCGGAAAAGUACGACCCGGAGCGGUUUUUGGACGCGAAAAAGUACAAUAUGGAUGGGCUGGUGUACUUGCCCUUCGGGGAAGGACCUAGGGCUUGUAUAGGAGAAAGGCAGGGUUUGUUGCAGUCGAAACUCGGAGUGAUAUCGGUUUUGAGUAAAUUCGAGGUGGAGAAGUGCGCUCAAACUCCGGAUCCGAUUGAAUUUGAAGCCAAAAGUCUCGUGCUCCAGUCGAAAGUGGGCCUUCCGAUGACUUUUAAAUUAAUUGUACCAUCACCGGCAUAG